CCGCCAUGCCGCCCGCCCGCCCCGACUACCUGGCGCCGUGGUGGGUGUCCUGGCUGCACGGGCUCCCGCACCGCGGCCUGCGCCUGCAGCCCCUGCCCGCCGCCUUCCGACCGCGGGACCCCGACUACCAGCAGUCGCUGCUUUUCUUGGGCUUGGUGGCCGCCGUUUGCCUCGGCCUCAACCUCCUCUUCCUCACCAUCUACUUGAUUUGCUUGUGCUGCUGCAAGAGAGACCAGGAGCCCGACACCAAGCAGCCCCACUCCUGCUGCAUCACCUGGAUGGCCGUCACCGCCGGGCUCGUCUGCUGCAUGGCCAUCGGUGUCGGCUUCUACGGGAACAGCGAGACCAACGACGGGGUGUUCCAGCUGCUCUACGCCCUGGACCACGCCAACCACACUCUGACGGGCAUUGACUCACUGGUGGCGGGCACCACGCUGCAGAUGCAGAUGGGUCUGGAGCAGCACAUGGCAAGGCUGAACGAGGUGCUGGCCACGAGAGGGGAUUACCUGCAGACCCUCAAGUUCAUGCAGCAGUUGGCCGGCAGCAUCGUCCUGCAGCUGUCGGGGCUGCCGGCGUGGCAGGGCCCCAGCGCCGACCUCACCGCGCUGGCUGCGCGCGUCGCCUACGUCGAGUAUUACCGGUGGUUGGCUUAUCUGCUCUUCUUCAUCCUCAUCCUCACCGUCUGCCUCCUGGCCUGCCUGGGGCUGGCCAAGCGCUCCCGCUGCCUCCUCACCACGAUGCUGUGCUGUGGGCUGCUGACCCUCAUCCUCAGCUGGGCCUCCGUGGCUGUGGACAUGGCGGCAGCGGUGGGCACCAGCGACUUCUGUGUGGCCCCAGACAAGUUCAUCAUGAACCAGACAGAGAGUGAUGUCAGUGCAGAGGUGGUUCACUAUUACCUGUACUGUGAGCAGAGCCUGAGCAACCCCUUCCAGCAGGCUCUCACCGUGUUCCAGCGCUCACUCACCACCAUGCAGAUGCAGAUCCAGGGCCUCAUACAGUUUGCACUGCCCCUCUUCCCCACAGCUGAGAAAGACUUGCUGGGGGUCCAGCAGCUCCUCAACUCCUCAGAGACCAGCCUGCACCAGCUCAUGGCCAUGCUGGACUGCCGGGGGCUGCACAAGGACUACCUGGACGCCCUCAUCGGCAUCUGCUACGACGGGGUGGAGGGUUUGCUCUACCUGAUCCUCUUCUCCUUGCUGGUGGCUGCCUCUUUCUCCACCAUCAUCUGUGCCACACCACGUGCCUGGAAGCACUUCGCUGGCAGGGACCGGGACUAUGAUGACAUGGAUGAGGAGGAUCCCUUCAACCCUCAGGCGCGUCGCAUCGCCGCCCACAACCCGUCCCGGGGGCAGCUCCGCAGCUUCUGCAGCUACAGCAGCAGCCUGGGCAGCCAGAGCAGCCUGCACCCCCCGGCACAGACCAUCUCCAACGCCCCCGUCUCCGAGUACAUGAACCAGGCCGUGCUCUUUGGGGGGAACCCACGCUACGAGAACGUGCCGCUGAUCGGCAGAGGCUCUCCUCCCCCUACGUACUCCCCGAGCAUGCGAGCCACCUACCUCUCGGUCACGGAUGAGCACGUCAGGCCCCACAGCAGCGAGUUCCCGGCAUAACCAGCGGCUCCGGGGGGAGGAAACGUCACCGGCGUCUGUGUGAUGGCAACCAAAGACUCCUGGCCAAGCCACAACGAGCCCCACAGCCCCUCCUCAGCUUCUGCUCCGUCUCCAGUCUUCCUGCCUCAGGGCUGACCGUGCUCCCGGGGCCGGGCAGCGUCGUGGCCGUGGCCUCGCCGGGCGGCAUCGCCGGGGAUCCUCCACAGCCCCCAGCGGCUCCUCCUCCCACCCCGCUGCACCAGCUCGGGGAUGUUUGACACCAGGGAAAGAGCCUGGUGCAGCUGCCUCUGCCUGGGGCCAGCAGCAGCUCCUUGGCUCCCGUAGCAAUGCAGUACCAACCACUAGUGAUCCCAGCCCCUUCCCCGUGCCCGCCGGCAGCUUUGCCCCCCGCCCCCUGCUCCUGCUGGGCACGGCCAGAGCUGGCUCCCCGUGCCCCCCUCGCUGGAGCUGCCCCUGCCCCCGAGGCUGUAGCAUUAGGGAUGGUUUGGCCCCUCUGGUUUUGCUUCCCUUCUGGGUUUGAUGAGUUCCCGGCAGGGCAGAGGCGCAGUUGGGCUCGCUGCCUCUGUUCUGCCAUGGGCUCACUGCAGUGCAUGUUGGUAGCAGGGUUUGGGCUGGUUUGUAGGCUCUCUUUUGGCAGUUUGACUCCCCAGGGCGGGCAGGGCAGGGCUGGGGCAAGCUCCCCUUCUUCUGCAGGAUGGCCCUGGGGUCACUGUGAGUUCCCUGGGAGAGUGUUAGGGACUACUCAGGCAGCCCUGGGGCAGGAUGCGGCCCUGGGGAUGGGAAGGCAUGGUCCUGCAACCUCUGGCAUUGCCAGGGCUUUGGGCAGAGCAGCUCUGAGAGGUGAGGAGCUGAGGGAACCAGCCUGAGCUGAACAGGAUCCUUUGUGGCUGCCAGUUUCUGCACAGGCUGCCCCAGGUACCUUGGGAGGAUAUGAGCAAAGGCCCCUUCCCCACAGCACCCCUCACUCACCAUGGGCAGGCAGAGCCCCCCACUCCAUCCCAUGGCCCCAGAUCUCCCAGCCCAAAGGCUGCAGACAGAGUGCUGGGUGUUUUCCCACCCCUCACCCUUCUGGUCCCUCUUCCCCCCCAGUCCAAGUUCAGCUCAUAACCACGUUUAGCACUGCAGCUCUGGCUUUGCUGGGGCUGGAUUGCCUCCAGGGCUCUUCCUCGCUGCAAAGGCUGUGCCCAAGCCAUGGGAUCCCAGGCAAAGCCUUUCCCUGUCUGCUGGCAAUUAGCAGCCCCCUCUGUGCUGCUGCUGGGGGUGAUUCCCCCAGCUCCCUGCUUUGGCUAACAGUGCUGCAGCCAGGGUGGCCACCCUGGCCCCUCAGGUGAGCCAGGGGGGAUCUUACUGAUAGCAGUGACUCACUGUGUCUUUUACAGAUAACCUGUGCAUCCCCUGGGGCCCUCACAGUCUGUGUGUGGUACCUGGGACUGGCAGGACUGCCAGGGAGGGUUUAUUAAUUCUUUUUCUCAGCUUUUAAUGUUCCAGUGUAACAGUACCGGUAGAAGAGUUGUUUUUAAAAGCAUGUGAACUAACCUCAUUAGGACUCCAUCGAGGAGCUGGAGCCCAGCCUCGUUUGUAUGGCCCUCUGGGGCAAAAAAAAAGACAAUAAACCCUUGUACUAAACUUA